AUGUCCCGACGCAAGCAAGCCAAGCCGCAGCACCUCAAGUCGGAAGAGGAGCCCGCGCUAGCAGGGGUGAUCUCCGAGCACGCCCGAGGUGAUGUGCUGGAGGAUGCCGACAGCGGGAAUGAGAGCCGCAGCGGCAGUGAGGAGACCCAUGUAUGUGAGAAGUGUUGCGCUGAGUUCUUCAAGUGGUCAGACUUCUGUGAACAUUUAAAGAGCUGCACCAAGAACCCCCUGGUGCUCAUAGUGAAUGACAAUGAGGACACACCCAUCCCCUCCCAGGAGUACCCUACAGAGCCCUCCCCUGUACCCAGCUGCCCUAGUGAGCAGACUGACAGCGAGGACCCCAGGGAGGGCAACCACAGUUCUGCUGGUGAGGGGGAUGAUGUCCCAGAGACAGCAACCUUAAAUGGGGUUAAUGUCCUAGAAAAGGAGGAUGAGCAGAUGGAGCUGGAGCUUUCUCCUGAAAAAAUGAUGGAUACUGAAGAGAGAGAUUUGACAUCCCCUGAGCCAGAUGCCACCCUACCUCAGCUCAACGAUGUCGUCCCCUCCACUGUUACAAACUAUGCCAUGCCAAGCACCAAUGUUACCUUGGAGACUCUUCAUGGCACCCGGGUUGCAGUGGCCCAAUUUUCACAGAGUGUAAGGGCAGCAGCAGGCACUGGGGUCUCCACCAUGGCUAUCCCCAUGAUCCUGGACCAGCUGAUGGCCCUCCAACAGCAGCAGAUACAUCAGCUGCAGCUGAUAGAGCAAAUACGCAGUCAGGUGGCUCUGAUGAACAGACAGUCUGCCUCACAGCCUGCUCUCAAUCACCAUCACAGCAAUGCUGCUGGAAACCAGGGGCCUUUGUCCUCCUGUGUCCCCCCUGUUGCUAGUCAACUUCAACUACACAACUUCAUCACCCCUCCUGUCCAUCAGAUGCCUGUUAGGUUGCCAGCCACUCUCAAUGGUCAAGGGUCUUCAACCUUGACCUCAGCAAUAGAUGGGCCUCUCUCUCAGACACCACAUAGUGGCAGUCAGCAGUCUAACUCUUCAAUCCCCAACACAUCCUCAAAUAAUUCAACAUAUCCCCAGCCCAGUGGCACUGGUUUGUCAUCUCUUAUUUCCUCCUGCUCAUCCUCCAUCGCAUCCACCAGCCCUCUCUCACUCAACCACAGUAGCCUCAUGAGCUCGGCCUCCAAUCUACCACUGAUGCCUCACAGCUCAUCCAGCAGUGUUAUCUUCCCCAACCCCCUGGCCAGCAUAGCAGCCACAGCCAAUGCGCUUGACCCCCUCGCUGCUCUGAUGAAGCACCGCAAGGGGAAGCCUCCAAAUGUGUCUGUGUUUGACACUAAGCCCAGCUCCGAGGACCCCUUCUUCAAGCAUAAGUGUCGGUUCUGCGCCAAGGUGUUUGGCAGUGACAGCGCCCUACAGAUCCACCUGCGUUCCCACACUGGAGAGAGGCCCUUCAAGUGCAACAUAUGUGGCAACCGUUUCUCCACCAAGGGGAAUCUGAAAGUCCACUUCCAGAGGCACAAAGAGAAAUACCCACAUAUUCAGAUGAACCCCUACCCUGUGCCAGAGUAUCUGGACAAUGUACCCACAAGCUCAGGCAUCCCAUAUGGCAUGUCUUUGCCCCCAGAAAAACCUGUAACCACAUGGCUAGACAGCAAACCUGUCCUCUCUACUUGUCCCACCUCAGUCGGACUCCAGUUGCCUCCCACACUGCCGAGUAUGAUGGGAGGUUUUAGUGAAUCCCUGAGCCUCACUCCACUCAACAGGUCUCCUCAGAGGCCAUCUCCACCCUCAAGCGAGUGUGCAUCUUUGUCCCCUAAUAUCAUCAUUGACUCUGGCAUGACCACUACUUCACCCUCCCCGAAACCCAGCAUAGGGAGUGAUGAACCCCCUCUCUUGAAACCUGAAGGUGUUCUCUUGCCCCCAAGCUGCUCCUCCAGGCCAGGAGAGAACACCUCCACCACGACUUCAGUAACUCAAGUGGUUCUUUCUGCUACUGUCACUUCCACAACUUCAUCCAACAGUGGCCAGAUCACUGAACCAAUCAAUAGCCCAAACUCUGUUUCAAACUCUGUCUGCCACCCUGUCCUUCCCAUGCUUUCAGACCAAUUUAAGGCCAAGUUUCCUUUUGGCGGACUCCUAGACUCUAUGCAAACCUCCGAGACAUCGAAGUUACAGCAGCUUGUUGAAAAUAUUGACAAGAAGAUGACUGACCCAAAUCAGUGUGUCAUCUGUCAUCGUGUUUUGAGUUGCCAGAGUGCACUCAAGAUGCACUACCGUAUCCACACUGGUGAGAGGCCUUUCAAAUGCAAGAUUUGUGGGCGUGCAUUCACCACCAAAGGAAAUCUAAAAACACACUUUGGUGUCCAUAGGUCCAAACCCCCACUUCGGGUUCAGCACUCCUGCCCUAUAUGUCAGAAAAAGUUCACCAAUGCUGUCGUGCUGCAGCAGCACAUCCGUAUGCACAUGGGAGGACAAAUCCCCAACACCCCGCUUCCUGAAAGCCUCCAGGAUAUGGAGACUGACCUCUCCUUUGACGAGAAGAGCUUAGAUGCGAUGAGUAGUUAUGACGACGAUCUUCUGGAUGAAAUGGAGCAGGCCAUGGAGGAUGAAGUUGACUUGAGAGAGGGAGAAAUGGACCCAUCAAAACCGUAUUCACCUGGGAUUUCCCCACCACCUUCCAUCAUCUCCAGCAUUGCUGCAAUGGAGAACCAGAUGAAGAUGAUCGACUCCACUUCCAAUAUGAGCCGUUCUUUCGGUCUAAGGCCUACGCAGAACGGCAGCAGCUUUGGAGGAGAGACUGAUUGUUUUACUACUGAUUCCCUGUCUGCGUUGGGAGAUGCUGAAGGUCAAAGCUUGGGGAGCCCUGCUUUGUCAGAGUCCUCUGGCUCAAUGCAGCAUUUGUCCCCGGCUCACAGCCACUUUGAGAGCCAGCGAUCCCCAACUACACUCAACAAUAAUAACAACAGCAGUGCCAUGGCAGUAGAGGAGGGCCAGGAGAACAAUACAGCAGGCUUGGCAACAGUGAAGUCCGAAAAAUCAGAGACCCCAUCUCCUCUUUCUGCUACUGAAGGCACCGGGGCCCUUGACCUGACUGCCACUCAACAUGGCAGGCACUUUAUCAAGGAGGAGAGCCACUUCAACAUGCUGUUUCUAAAUAGGGAUCGAGGGCUGAGCACUCCUAGUUUAGCCAGCACUGCAUCAAACAUGGUCAAAAUGGAAAUGAACGGACACGGGAAGUCAGUGUCUCUGAGUGACAACUCUCACCUACCCAUGAGCAUCCAGGUUCCAGCUGCAGCACCACACACCACCAUGAGCCCCAGCAUCAACCCCAUGUUGGCUCCGCCGCCUCCACGACGCACUCCUAAGCAGCACAACUGUCACUCCUGUGGGAAGAAUUUUUCUUCGGCCAGUGCUCUGCAGAUCCAUGAGCGCACACACACUGGGGAGAAACCCUUCGCCUGCUCCAUUUGUGGAAGGGCUUUCACCACAAAGGGCAACCUGAAGGUUCACAUGGGAACACACAUGUGGAACAACGCUCCAGCUCGAAGGGGUCGGCGACUGUCUGUAGAGAAUCCCAUGGCCCUGCUGGGCGGGGAUGCCAUGAAGUUCAGCGAGAUGUUCCAGAAGGAUCUGGCAGCCCGGGCCAUGAAUGUUGACCCGGGUUUUUGGAACCAGUACGCAGCCGCCAUCACCAAUGGGCUGGCCAUGAAAAACAAUGAGAUCUCUGUGAUCCAAAAUGGGAGCAUCACCCAGCUGCCCGUGAGCCUUGGCGGUACAGGCAUCACUUCGUUGGGAGCCAUGCCUGGAGGAAUGGACCGUGUUCACACGGGGGGCAGCCCUUCAAUGAUAAGAAUGGAAAAGGCUGGUCUGGAAGUAGGGGCUAGCCGCCCCUUUGCAAGAUUUAUGGAGGAAAACAAAGAAAUCGGGAUCAAUUAA